AAAUAAUGGAAAAUUGCAACAUUCGCGGAAAAAAAUGUAUUUCGCGGCAUGCCAGAGCCACACUAACGCUCGUCGCUAAAAUGGAGUAGCAAAGAGAAAUCAUUUUAUUGUAGAUUUUAAAUUCUAAAAAUCAUGACAAAGCGAAAAAGAAAGGUAGUGAAGCGGAUAGCAUGUAUGAAAUAACGCGCACGUACGCGGCAUAUGCGUCGUGCAUCAACAGAGCCCAUUCGCUCCGUUGUUUCCGAAAGCCUCGCCAAGUAACCAAACUUUUCGACGUCAGGAUCACGGCAACUAACCUUGCUAAAUUCAAAAUUUGACUAGUAUAUAUUCCAAUUCCGGUAAAUUUGCAUUUCAAUGGCCCACUCGCCGGCAAACGAGAUUCCAUCUGCCGUCACCUGCCAUACUGAGCAGCUUAUUCGACCGGAAGUCUCGACGGUCGAGCUACCGGCGGAUCUGCCGCGAGGUGGAAACAAAAGUCGCAGAUACGAAAAUAGCCCACUUUUAAAUUCCGACGCAACGUAUAACGUCCGCGAUUUCAUAACGCAAGAAGACAACGAAUCACUGGAUAAAAGUUAUGGAGACGGUUCGCCGAAUGAAAUAUGCGCCUUUAAAUUGGAUCAGGGGAAGAUUGAUGAGCUCAGCGCGAACGAUUAUCACGCUGAAACGUGCGUAUCUUCCAGCCGCGAAAGCGCAAUACAAAAGGAAUCUCGCAAGGAAACGGUCAAGAAUGAUGGCGCUCUCUCAAGGAACGAAGAUGAAUCUCGAUGCAAAUCGAAUCGUAAGAGAAAAACACGUCGCAAGAUGCCCGAUGGAGUUGUCAUUGAUCUUAGCAAUGAUAUUUAUGGCAUGUCCCGUGGCGGCAUAAAAAUCAGCGUUAUUUCCAUGUAUAAUCUGGUACCCGAAAUGAAAUUUAUCGCAGUGCCCAAGAAACGGCAUUCAAUGUGGAAUCCCAAUUCGAGAAACAAAAUCGUCGAUAAUUCUAUGCUGGCCGUGCUUUGUGCCGAAAGUAGCGACAAAAUGAAGAAAUCUCGGAGAUCAACAAGACGCAAAUACAAAAAUUAUUCGAAAGAAUCAAAGAAUGACAUAUUAUAUAGGAAUGCCAGUACGACUGUCGACGCACCGAAAAAAUUCGAAAAUAUAUUAAACGGACGGGAGUUACAUCCAGAAAGUAAUACGCAGUCGCUUUGUACGCCCCACGAGAUUCUUAACUCAACGCAAUGCUGUCAUCAUAAUGACACGAUGGCUGAUAUUGAUAACGCGCGAUAUCCGAUAUUGAACAUAAAGCAAACAUGUGACGACGUGAGGAAACGUAUCGCGAACUACUGCAGCUGCUCGAUUUUUAACGGCAAGCAUCAAGAAUAUCAUAUUUGUGAUCGGGAGGAUUACAAUACAGAUGGUUCCGAUUUCAAUACGGAGAUGCAAGCUGAUUGGUCGGCCGAGUGCUUUCAUCCUGAAUGCGCCCGCGCGAGGGGAUGUCGAUGUUUCUAUGACUCGAGUGAGUACGAUCCCGAUAUAAAUAUGCAACGCGACCGUUGCCCCCUGAUGUCGCAAACGGCAAGACUGUUCGAGAAUUCCGCACUUUUGUGGAGGCAUCAAAGGGAAGAGAUCGGAGCGGACGAGCCCCGGACGGAUAUCGCGCCUGAAUUCGCAACGGAAGCCGAUGAAUAUUCUCCAGAUGGAGUCGAACGGUGCAGGAAUUGCGACGGGGAGAAAGGAAGCUCGACGGGCACAAUCCGGAAACGCGCGGCUUCGAAGGCGAGCGUGCUCGCCGAGCCCGGCGGGAGCGUCGCCGAUCUUCGCGAUUCACGUUCCGCGGAUGCGUCGCGAUGUGAAAUUGAUACGCGUCCCGGAAAGCGCGGAUGGUGGACGGCGACGACGGCGACGACAACGAUGGCGGAGAGAGACGCCGAUCGAUCAUAUAAAUCAAAUUCGCUGAAAGCCGCCGACACGUGGGAUGCACGCGCGCGGAGAGACAACUGUAUCGGGCGACGUUGCGCAGGCCGCCGCGUUGUCGCGGAGCCGCCGUCGCGUCCCGACCAGCAUCCCGGGAAAAAAGGCGGAUCCGCCCGCGGAGUGGAUUCGGAAUGGAGACGGGGCUCCAUUGAAACUGACGCCCAACAAUUGGAUUACAAAUGGAAGAGAAGAAUCGCGACCGUAGAUGCCGGUACACGCGCCAGGGUGGAUUUCAAAGGAAAACGUGAUUCCAGGUGA